AUGGCUUCAGCAGGAGAUGCUCGGCUCAUGAAGUCGACAAAAUUUCCAGCCGAGUUUAGCCAGAAGGUUGACAUGCAAAAGGUCAACCUCCAGGUUAUAAAAAAAUGGAUUGCUAACAGAAUCUCCGAAAUACUGGGAAAUGAAGAUGAUGUCGUGAUCGAGCUGUGCUUCAAUUUGAUUGAUGGACCCAGACAUCCCGAUAUAAAAUCGCUUCAGAUACAGCUUACGGGAUUUUUGGACAAAGAUACUGCACCAUUUUGCAAGGAGUUAUGGAAAUUGCUAUUAAGCGCUCAGGGCAACCCGCAGGGUGUGCCCAAAGAACUGCUAGAGGCUAAGAAGCUUGAGUUGAUGCAGGAAAAGAUUGAAGCGGAUAGAGCUGCUGAGAAUGCCAGAAAGCGCCGCGAAGACUCCGACCGUCGUGACCGAGAAGUUACAGAGCUAAAAGAUCGAGAUCGCCGAGACCGAGCAAAUGAGAGGGGCGGUCGGCCAGGCCGCCGUGGAGAUCGAGCUUCUGAAGGCCGUGGAAGAGGAGGUCAUAGUUGGAAUGCAAACAGAUCACGUUCUCCCGAACCUCGACACCGUGCUUCUGGGGACUCGUAUCGUCGGGAUAGCUAUGUGCCUCCAAAUCGCAGCGGCCGGGGGCGUGAUCGUGGCUGGGCGCGACGGCGAAGUCGCUCGCCAUCUGAGUCAGCGUCUGACCGAUCGCGCUCUCGAAGCAGCAGCAUGUCUCGCAGCGACCGGGGCUCUAGGAGCCCUCCACGGCGCAAAGGCGGCCCCGGUCGAUACAGAGACUCAAGAAAAAGAUCUAGGUCCCCUCGCGGAGAUGCUUAUCGGCCAAGGCGGCAAUCACGCAACGGUAGAGAUCGUCGUGAUGCUCGAAAUCGACGCUCAGCUUCUUCAGAACGCGCCUCACCGCCACCAAAGCGAAGACGGCAGUCUACCUCUAGAAGUCGAUCGGUCGAGCGCAGGAGACGCUACUCGGCGACGCCAUCCUCUCGCUCGCGCAGUCCUUCAGAAGCGCGUAGCCGCAGCCCCGUUCGCCGCCGUAAUCGAUCCGUGGAUAGCCUCCGAUCAAAUUCGCCCCCGAAGCGCCGACAAGAACGCCGAAGAGGUGAUGGUGCUGAUGAAUCCGAUAAUGACAACGGACGCCGCCGCCGCAAUAAUCGUCGCCGUAAAGACAACGACGCCUUGACAAAGGGCAAGGAAUCUGAAAGGCUGAGACGCAAUAGCUCUUCUGCGCCCUCGUCUCCGUCUAAUCAUGGCAAGUCAGCUGAUACUUUGGAAGAUGAAUCGCGUGCUCCGAAUCCUUAG